GCUGGCUGCCCACUGGCAUUUGUUCAACUACUUAAAAAUUCACUUUGUCAACAAACCUUCACACACAUCAAGCGGCUCAUCUGGAUGAAAUGAAAAGGCUGUUAGAUGUAAUGCAGGAACGUGCUCCCGAUGUUGAACAUCAGUUCAAAGAAAAGUCAAAUGAGUUGGAAAUGGCGCAGCUUAUCAUACGCCAGUUGUCGGAUAAGGCCAAUGUAAACCAAGGCGGCAAUCGUAUAGAAACCUUGACGUAGACGCAAUUUAUGUACGAGGAACAGAUUAGAGACUUACAAUCUAUGGUGCAGGAAUUUAUGAUGGUCACAAAAUAUAUUGGCAAAAACAUAGCAAGUGCAUAUGCCAAGUUGGAAAAAUUGACAAUGCUGGCCAAAAAGAAGAGUCUUUUUGAUGAUCGACCGCAAGAGAUUCAAGAAUUGACUUACAUCAUGGUGUAUGCGUUACAAUCUAAAUUAGCCAGCAUGGGCACCGACUUCAAACAGUUGUAUACUGUCGUACUGUUGUAUUUCAGAAACUUUAAACGGCUAAAGCUAUAUAUAAGGAAUUCGCAAGCUAACAUAAAAGUUUUAUUAUGAAA